AUGCAGAGAGGAGAAGCAAGAAAAAGGAAGAUCCAAUGCACAAGACACCCAAGACGUACAAAAGCUCUCAGGUACAAAUUCCUGAUAAGAAGAAAAAGAAAGCAUGUACCUGAUUCUGAUUCUGAGCCUGAUGUCAGACAAGAUGUUCCUAACAUAUCAACCACAGCCAGAAAAAGAAUGAAAGGUAAGAGGAUUCCUGUUAAUGUUCCUAAUGCUCCUGUGGACAAUGUGUCCUUUCAUUUUCCAGACUCUGCUCAGAGAUGGAAAUAUGUGGUUCAAAGGAGGCUGGCUAUUGAAAGGGAACUGCAUGAAGAUGCCUUGGAACUCAAGGAAAUCAUAGAGGUUGUCUCUGCUGCUAGUUUGAUGAAGACUAUCAAGGAUCUUGGCAGAUGUUUUGACAAGCUUGUUAGGGAGUUCAUUGUGAACAUCCCUGCUGAUUGUGAUGAUGCUUCCAGUGCUGAGUACAGGAAGAAGCCCUGUUGUUGUGGCUUAGGGGAGCCUGAUUUGAAUAGGGUUGCUACAACCCUUACUGGGAAGUUGGUCAGGAAGUGGCCUAAGAAGGGAUUGCUUCCAUCUGGGAGGCUUACUGCCAAAUAUGCUAUUCUCUACAAGACUGGUACUGCAAAUUGGAUGGCCACCAAUCACUUGUCUGGUGUGACUCCACCUCUGGCCAGAAUGCUCUAUUUGGUUGGAACUGGAGGUGAGUUUGAUUUUGGAAAGCUGGUUUUUGAGCAGACUCUCAAGCAUGCUGGAUCAUAUACAGUGAAGCUGCCUAUUCUGUUUCCUUGUCUUCUCUCAGAGAUCAUUGCACAUCAACAACCUACUAUUGUGAGGGCUGAUGAGUCUCAAGGUAAGAAGCCCUUGCCUCUCAAGUUUGACUACCGGUUGUUUGCUGGGACACAUGUUCCAGACAUUGUGCUCUCUGCAGCAAAGGGAACUGCCAGUGCCAGUGGCACUAAGGCGGUCUCCGAGUCUCUUGGUGACACUGUUCAGGCUUGCAAGGUCAGAAAACUCAAUGUUGAUCAACUCAUCAAGGCUAUGUCAGAUGUUGCAACUGUUGCUGCUGGGAAAGAAAGUGAAGAAGAGGAAGCCGAAGCUGUUGCUGGUGAAGAAGCAGAUGCUGAGACUGAGGAGGAUCUUCUUGCUACUGUGCAGUUGUGUGUUCUAUACAAACAACAUCUUGUUGUUUGUGAUAGUUGA